AUGAAGAUGUUUCUUGUGAUGUUUUUGGUACACAAAGUAGUUACUCUGAAAUGCCCUGCAAAUGAUGCUUUCCUUAUUCCACAUGAGUGGUACCAGCCUGGAGACUUCAUCGUUGGUGGAAUGGCGUCUCACUUCGGUUACCACCUUUACGAAAUUAAAUUUAGUGAAAAUCCUUCCAAGAAACCUUAUGAAAUACCAAUUCUAAUCCCCAAAUUUCAUCAACACAUCCUUGCCUUGGCUUUUGCUGUGAAAGAGAUCAAUGAGGACUCCCAGCUCUUACCUAACGUCACUCUUGGGUUCCACAUCUAUGACAGCUACAUCAAUGCAAGGAUGACCUAUCACACCACUCUGGACCUGCUUUUCAAAUCCCAGGAAUUUGUCCCUAACUAUAAGUGUGAUAGACAGAAGAAUCUCAGGGCUAUCAUUGGGGGACUGGAUUUUGCCACAUCAUCUCAUAUUGCUGAAAUUACAGGAUCCUUCAAAAUUCCACAACUGACAUACGGCUCAUUACCCCAAGAGGAAUUUGAGACCAGUAAGCUCUCUUCACUUUAUUUCAUGGUCCCCAAAGAGGACCAUCAAUAUAUUGGGAUUAUCCAAUUGCUUCGUCAUUUCAGGUGGACGUGGAUUGGGAUAUUUUCAGUUGACAACAAUGAUGGAGAAAAUUUCUUACAGAAAAUGCAGCCUUUACUUUCACAGAAUGGAAUCUGCUCAGCGUUCAUAGAAAGACUUGCACAGCUAGUCCACUUCGAAAACUUCCCAGAAGUAAUUGAAAGAAUCUUAAUUAUUUCCAUGAGUUGGAUAAAUAGCCGAGCCAAUGCAUUUCUUGUCUAUGGAGAAUCAUUGACAAUUCUUUGGUUCAGAUUUGUCACAUUUAUAGUAGAUCCUGAAAGCAAGGAAAUUGCCUUAUAUAGAAGGGUGUGGAUCAUGACUGCACAGAUUGAUUUCAUAUUAUCAGGAUUUCAAAUCAAGUGGGAUCUCCACCUGUUCCAUGGGGCUCUUUCCUUCACUGUUCAUUCAAGAGCAGUUGCAGGUUUCAAGGAGUUUCUUCAGACUGUAAAUCCUCUUUCAGUUUCCAGAGAUGAGUUUCUACAGGAAGUUUGGGAACAAGCAUUUGAUUGUUCAUUUCCAAAACCAGAGUUACGAGAAAUGCAGAGUAGAAAAUUCACUGGGGAGAUGAAGCUGGAGGAUCUUCCUGGACCUGCCUUUGAAAUGGAGAUGACAGGCCAAAGCUACAGCAUCUACAAUGCUGUUUAUGCUGUGGCUCAUGCUUUGCAGGCUCUGUACACAUUACAUUUCAAUAGAAAAAAACCUAUGAUCUGUAAAAAUCCUAACCUUUCACAUCUCCAGGCUUGGCAGGUUCCUCCAUUUUCUCGAUGCAAUGACCCUUGUUUCCCUGGAUCCUGGAAGAAGGGAAUUGAAGGAAAUCAGUUCUGCUGCUUUGCCUGUGUUCCGUGCAUGGAGGGGAAGAUUUCAAAUCAAAAUGAUAUGGAUGACUGUUUUAAAUGUCCAGAAGAUCAUUAUCCAAAUAAAGAAAAAAAAGGCUGUAUCCUGAAACCAGAGGUUUUUCUAACCUUUGAAGAAACCUUGGGAAUUUGUUUAGCCUCAUCAACUCUUGGUUUCUUCCUCUUGACAUCUUGGGUACUUGGAACUUUUAUUAAGCACAGGGAUACUCCCAUUGUCAAAGCUAACAACCGGUCCCUCACCUACACCCUCCUUGUCUCUCUUCAGCUCUGUUUUCUCUCCUCCUUGCUCUUCCUCAGCCAACCUGGCAAAGUGACCUGCCUUCUCCGACAAUCAAUGUUUGGUAUUACUUUCUCCGUGGCCAUUUCUAGUGUACUGGCCAAAACCAUCACUGUGGUUGUGGCUUUCAUGGCCACUAAACCAGGAUCUCAGAUGAGGAAAUGGGUAGGAAGAAGAUUGGCCUUUUCCAUUGUGCUUUCAUGUUCUCUAUUACAAGUAUGGAUUUGUAUUCUUUGGUUGUCAACCUCUCCCCCAUUCCCUGAGUUGGACAUGCACUCUGCAUUCCAAGAAAUGAUUUUACAGUGCAAUGAGGGGUCAGCUUCCUUCUUCUACUGUGUCUUGGGCUACAUGGGUAUCUUGGCCAUUGCUAGCUUUAUUAUGGCUUUCCUUGCUCGUAAAUUACCUGACAGCUUUAAUGAAGCCAAGUUCAUCACCUUCAGCAUGUUGGCCUUUUGCAGUGUGUGGCUCUCCUUCUUUCCAGCCUAUCUGAGCACCAAAGGAAAAGCCAUGGUAGCUGUGGAGGUCUUCUCCAUCUUGGCCUCCAGUGCUGCAUUACUGGGAUGCAUAUUCUUGCCAAAGUGCCACAUCAUUGUUUUCAGACCUGACCUAAAUCACAGAGAGCAACUCAUAAAGAGGAAUUAG